GGUUUGGUCUGCUUUUAAACUUCAGAGAGCCGAUCUUUAACUGUAGCAGACAGAUGCUUCCCUGCUAUAUUCAUGUACUACACAGUUGCAUUUGAUCGUGUGAAUAUAAUUUAAAACUUCACACUGCUUUACAAACGUUGUCUGAAGACUCAACACAAUUGCUGGCAUGCAGAAUGCAAACCCAAUAGAGGAGGUGGGAGGCGACGAAUCCUGUGAUGUGCCCUGUCUCCAGAAACUUGACUCCCCAACAGGGAGCCCUCCCAAACAAGCCUCUCUCGCAGAUAUGAUGGAGUUUGAGAAUUGUGUUUCCAAUCUCAGCCUUGCACAUGAGAUAGUGAUGAACAGAGACUUCAGCUUCAGACAGAACAGCCCACCCAAAGACAGCUUGGAAGGAAGAAUAUCUGACAUAGUUCACAGUGCUUUCUGGGACUGUCUUCGUGAGCAGCUUUCAUGCAGCCCUCCAGACUAUGUCCAUGCUGUCAUUCUGCUACAAGAGGUGAAAACUACCGUGCUGUCCCUGCUCCUGCCUGGCCACGUGCGUCUGAAGGCCCAGGUGGAGGAGGUUCUGGACCUGGAGCUGAUCCAGCAGCAGGCAGAUCAUGGGGCCCUGGACCUGCAAAGAUUGUCAGGCUACAUCAUCAAUACCAUGGCCUCCCUGUGUGCCCCUGUACGGGACCCAGAGAUCAAGACACUACGGGAUCUUUCGGACCCAGUGGAGCUCCUCAGGGAGAUCUUCAGAGUCCUUGGCCUGAUGAAGACAGACAUGGUCAACUUCACCGUACAGAGCCUCAGACCUAAUCUUCUUCAGCAGGCGGUCCAAUACGAGCGAGCCAAGUUCCAGGAGAUCCUGGAGAAGCAGCCUGAGUUCCUGGACAAGACCACCGUUUGGCUUCAGAUGGCAGCACGAGAGGAGGCAUUGGUCAGUGCCCAGUCUGACCUUGACACUGGGACUCCCAAGCCACGUGGUCCAUUAAGUCCUACUGCCGUCCUGAACAGGGCUUACCUGCAACUGCUGAGCUGGGACCCCCAUGACCAGAAUUACCCUGAGACAGUUCUGAUGGACAGAGCCCGCAUAGAUGCACUGGGGCAGAGGCUGAGUCUGCUGGUUCUUGAGGCAUCAGUUCUGCUGUUGACUAGCACACAGUGUGGGGCCGCUGUUUUCUCUCUGCAGGGGUUUGUAGGUAAACUCAAGCAGACCAUCUCAGCCCUGCUGGAGGGCAGUCACAACAGGGACUUUGACCUGCAGGGGGCGUUGCUGGGGCUGAGGGAGCAGGUGCUGGUGCAGGUGAAGGAGGCUCUGAUCACCCAGGAAGGACCAGCGCUGCCUCAGGACAGUGAAGACGUGCUUAAGGGACAGAUCUCAGACCUGGCCAAGGACAACAACCCCAUCCGCACUCUCAUAGGAGAAAGAGUGCAGGGCUACCUCCAGGCCAUGCUAGAGGGAAGCCCCACUAAAAAGAGUCCGUCCAUGCCCCCUGCCCUGAGGCUGCUGAGUGCUGAGGUGGCAGAGCUGGGAAUGGCCUUAGGGCGAAUGGUCCAUUUCAACCGCUCAGUUUUCGGCCCCUUCUACGCCCCCAUCCUAAGGAAGAUGCUGUUUCCAUCGGGAGAGGCCGAGAUGGGGGAGGACUCCCGCUAGUCCCCCCAACACUUCAGGUCGCCUGCAUAAGCUGCCAUUCAACAUUUACACAAUGUAGAGCAGGGUUCCCAAACUGGCGACCCGCGGGCCAAAUAUGGCACGCCAACAAUAUUAUUUGGCUCCCCCAAAGACCCCCAAAUUAAAUUUUUAUAUUUUUUUAAUUUAAAAAAUGUAUAAAAAUCUCGGACCCGAGAUGCAAAAACUCCCAAAUGCAAUGUCCCAAGAAGGAAGUUACCCUACUUAAAUAAUGCAAAAGUUAAGUUUUAACUUCAUUCAUGAGGAGAGAGAAUGCAGGAGACAGUCAACUGAUAAAGCUGGCAACAGACCAUUUUGUGGUGCUGAAACUUAAAGCUGCAACCAGAGCACAAUCAAUAGGAGGUGAACAGCGCCUGGUGCUGAAAAUAUAGCUAACUUGUUAUGCAAGUGUUGCACAGCGACAGAUGGAGAAAACCUACACCAGUCGAGUAAUUCAUUUCAACAAUAAUCUUCAUUUUAUUUUGACUUUACAAACAAGAAGAAGGCUUAAUUGUCUUCUGAGCCUAGGCCUACAUAAAGCCUAGGUCUACAUAAAAUAACAACUGGCUGUGGUAUGCUAUAAGGCUUAACAGCAUCUUUCACAAGAAAAAAUUAUAUGGCCUAAUAGAAGUGGGAUUUUUUUUUUUUUACAAGGUCACCUUACAAUUCCAACUGGCCAAAAAUGGAGCAUCCUAGAUAAAACAAUAAUUUAAAGUUAAAAAAGGUGAAUGUCUAUCAGCAUAGCCUGCUUCUGUAACGACAGAACAAACAGAUAAUACUGUCAGCUUGAGACCUAAAUAUCCCUGGAUAAGCACUCACAAUAAUGUUAGUAUUUACUAAGUACAGUCAUAUAGGCCACUAAGUUACUCACUCAAUGGGAAAAGUUGCAUUCCCCCUCGAUCUUGUGGAUGUCACUUGAGAUGGAUGUGAGUUUGAUGCGCAGGCAGUCAACGAUUGACUUAUGUGAAAGCCGGUUCCUGUCCUGAGUCUAUAUUGCGUUCAUAGAGGAAAAUGAGGACUCGCAGGUGUAAGUCGAUCCGAACUUAGCGCAUGAAAUGCACGUUUCUUUAUUGGGUGUAUUUCUCUGAGCAUGCCACCCAAAACGCACACAAGGACUCGGUACUCCUGAGCGCAUCCCUGAUUUGGCUCGAUGUCUGUAAUUCAAUCAGCUCAGUUUGAAUUGCGGCCUAAUUUUUUUAAUUUAAACUUUAUUUAACUAGGCAAGUCAGUUAAGAACAAAUUCUUAUUUACAAUGACGGCCUACCCAGUAGAGGUCAACCGAUUAUGAUUUUUCAAAGCCGAUACCGAUUAAUCUGACUAUUGUUUUGUUUUUUGUAGUAAUGACAAUUACAACAAUACUGAAUGACCACUUAUUUUAACUUAAUAUCAAUAAAAUCAAUUUAGCCUCAAAUAAAUAAUGAAACAUGUUCAAUUUGGUUUAAAUAAUGCAAAAACAAAGUGUUGGAGAAGAAAGUAAAAGUGCAAUAUGUGCCAUGUAAAAAAGCUAAUGUUUAAGUUCCUUGCUCAGAACAUGAGAACAUAUGAGAACAUAUGAAAGCUGGUGGUUACUUUUAACAUGAGUCUUCAAUAUUCCCAGGUAAGAAGUUUUAGGUUGUAGUUAGUAUAGGACUAUUUCUCUCUAUACGAAUUGUAUUUCAUAUACAUUUGACUAUUGAAUGUUCUUAUAGGCACUUUAGUAUUGCCAGUGUAACAGUAUAGCUUCCGUCCCUCUUCUCGCCGCUACCUGGGCUCGAACCAGGAACACAUCGACAACAGCCACCCUCGAAGCAGCGUUACCCAUGCAGAGCAAGGGGAACAACUACUCCAAGUCUCAGAGCGAGUGAUGUUUGAAACGCUAUUAGCGCGCACCCCGCUAACUAGCUAGCCAUUUCACAUCGGUUACACCAGCCUAAUCUCGGGAGUUGAUAGGCUUGAAGUCAUAAACAGCUCAAUGCUUGAAGCAUUGCGAAGAGCUGCUGGCAAAUGCACGAAAGUGCUGUUUGAAUGAAUGCUUACGAGCCUGCUGGUGCCUACCAUUGCUCAGUCAGACUGCUCUAUCAAAUCAUAGACUUAAUUAUAACAUAAUAACACACAGAAAUACGAGCCUUUGGUCAUUAAAAUGGUAGAAUCCGGAAACUAUCAUUUAGAAAACAAAACGUUUAUUCUUUCAGUGAAAUACGGAACCGUUCCAUAUUUAUCUAACGGGUGGCAUCCCUAAGUCUAAAUAUUGCUGUUACAUUGUACAACCUUCAAUGUUAUGUCAUAAUUAUGUACAAUUCUGGCAAAUUAAUUACGGCCUUUGUUAGGAAUAAAUGGACUUCACACAGUUCACAAUGAUCCAGGUGGCCCAAACUGCUGCAUAUACCCUGACUGCUUGCACGGAACGCAAGAGAAAUUACACAAUUUCCCUAGUUAUAAGAAAUUCAUGUUAGCAGGCAAUAUUAACUAAAUAUGCAGGUUAAAAAAUAAAGAAAAGAUACACUUGUGUAUUGAUUGUAAAGAAAGGCAUUGAUGUUUAUGGUUAGGUACAUUGGUGCAACGAAAGUGCUUUUUUCGCAAAUGCACUUAAAUCAUCGCCCGGUUGUCGCAGUAGGCUGUGAUUCAAUGAGAAAUUAACAGGCACCGCAUCAAUUAUAUGCAAAGCAGGACACACUAGAUAAACUAGUAAUAUCAUCAACCAUGUGUAGUUAACUAGUGAUUAUGUUAAGAUUGAUUGUUUUUAUAAGAUAAGUUUAAUGCUAGCUAGCAACUUACCUUGGCUUCUUGCUGCCCUCGCGUAACAGGUAGUCAGCCUGCCACGCAGGCUCCUCGUGGAGUGCAAUGUAAGGCAGGUGGUUAGAGCAUUGGACUAGUAACCGGAAGGUUGCAAAAACGAAUCCCCAAGCUGACAAGGUAAAAAUCUGUCGUUCUGCCCCUGAACAAGGCAAUUAACCCACUGUUCCUAGGCCGUCAUUGAAAAUAAGAAUGUGUUCUUAACUGACUUGCAUAGUUAAAUAAAGGUGUAAAAAAAUAUAUAUAUCUGCAAAUCGGUGUCCAAAAAUACAGAUUACCGAUUGUUAUGAAAGCUUGAAAUCGUCCCUAAUUAAUCGGCCAUUCCGAUUAAUCGGUCGACCUCUACUACCAGGCCAAACCCGUACGACGCUGGGCCAAUUGUGCGCCACCCUAUGGGACUCCCAAUCACGGCCGGAUGUGAUUCAGCCUGGAUUCGAACCAGGGACUGUAGUGACGCCUCUUGCACUGAGAUGCAGUGCCUUAGACCGCUGCUCCACUCGGGAGCCCAAUCCAGCGAGGGUAUCGUUUUCUUAGCAAAGGAGGAGUGUUCUCCACCUGGGCGGACUGUGAGAGGAGCACGUACAAACGCAAUGAUAUCCAUGGGCAUUUUGUAGUCUUCAAAUCUGGUGGAGAAGUUGUCCCUCAGCUGCUUGAUGAAAUCUUCCAUGCUGCGGCCUGGUCCCUCUGACUGUCGUUUCUUGUGUGCCGAAGUCCAAAUCGAACAACUCAAGCUUCCACAAGUUUUUCCACCAUGUCCAUGACUGUUUUCCAUCUUUCUUGUUCCUGGAGAUUUUUGUUCCUUGUUCCUGGAGAUCAGAGAAAAAGGCAGUUUAUGUAGCUUGCAGUUAACGCUUAAAUCUUUCUGCGUCGGGCCUCUGUCUCAGGCGGGAAGACCACUUUGAAAGUUCCAUGCUUAGAUUCAUAAUAACGUAUGAGAUUAAAUGAUUUGCAUUUCAAAUAAGACACACUGGCUUGGCAUGUAAAAAUAUGGUAAAAUUAACGCAAUCUCUUCGUACAUUUUCCCUGAUACUUAUUGAGAGCGACAUUUUCUCUUGCUAUCAAGCCAAUUGUUCGGAACGAAUGUUGACGUCAAAAAAUAUUUGUGUAGGCUACAGUAAACCUGUUUUUCCCCACCAAUCAACACACAGAGAAAUAGACAAAAAUAAUAACUGAAUAGAGACAUGGGGAUUUUAUGAGCGUAAUCAAAAUUAUUGUUAUUGUCACAGAAUGUAUUAUGUACUGAUCAGAUGUGUUUAAAAAUGUUAUUCAAUUUGUAGUGUAGGCCAAUUAAUUUUGCUAGUAUUAUAUACUAAUUAUGUUCUGGCCCGCUGACUAUUAGCUCAGAGAAAAAUUGGGCCAAAGGCCAAACCCUAGUUGAGUGUUUAUACUGUAUAUUUAGAUUUUAGAAUAUAAAAAUAUUAGUAACGUUUGUUAAACCAAAAACAGGCCAUCAGAAAUGUAGAAUAUUCUUUAUAUGAUCUUCAUAUAAUCAUACUGGAAUAUAUUUUCCUCAGGACACAUAUAAUAUUUGUUGUGGCAAGCCUUGUGAUUAUCAUUUUACUAAUAUCUAGAGUUUGCAUGUAUGUCAGCUGGAAAUGAUUAUAUGUGCAUUAGCUAGAGAUUGUUAUGUGUACAGUAGGUUUAUCGAAUGGUAUGUACUGUAUAAUUUAAAGCACUUACCAAAGAUAUGUAUGCACUUUUUAACUAUUUAAAAUACAUCUAUAUAUAUUAAUAUUUUGGAACUGUACAUUACAUAAUGUGUGAAAUUUGUUGGGGGAUUAUUGAGUGACAUUUUUUAUGCAUUCUGACCAACUGAACAAAAUAUAAACGCAACAUGUAAAGUGUUGGUCCCAUGUUUCAUGAGCUGAAGUAAAAGAUCCCAGACGUU